UGAUAGGGGCCCUGUAGGAGAGUUGCUGAUGGUAGUUGUGGGUGGCCUGGGUCAGACCCAGACAGAUGGGGGGUCCGCCAAAGGGAGGGAGGCAUGUGUAUAGGUGCCUCUUCCCUGACACCUCUUCUCCUAGGUCCUUCCAGACAUGAUGGCAUGGUUGUGGCUGUCCUGCUUCCUGUUUCCUACCCUCAUGGUGUCCGUGGCAGCCAAUGUGGCCCCAGUGUUCUCGGGAAACAUGACGAGAGUGAACUUGCCUGAGGACCUACCAGUGGGUGCUGAGGCCUUCUGGUUGGUAGCUCAGGACCGUGACCAGGACCCUCUGACCUAUGGGAUUAGUGGCCAAUUUGCCUACUUCUUCACUGUCACCCCAGCCACUGGGGAAGUGAAGCUGGCCAGCCCUCUGGACUACGAGACGCUCUACCUGUUCGCCAUCACUAUCUCCGUGAGCGACGGCUCACCUGGGCUUUCCUACCUGCAGGUGCAGAAGGAAAUGCAUGUGAUCGUGGAGGACAGAAAUGACAAUGCUCCCGUUUUCCAGAAUACUGGCUUCUCCACCAAAAUCAAUGAGACCCUGCCAGUCGGCUCCCUGGUGUUCUCUGUGGUGGCCAAGGACCCGGACUCGGAGUCUGCAGGAGCCGUGGUGUACUCCAUACAGGCGGUCAUCCCUAGCACUGGAGACAGCCAGCACCUCUUCAGGAUCUUGCCCAAUGGCUCCAUCAUCCUCAAUGGCAACCUCAGCUACAACAACAAAAGUGCCUUCUAUCAGCUGGAGCUGGAGGCCUGUGACUCAGGCGGCAUAUACAACAACAGCUUCAUCACCCAGUGCUCCUCGCCUGUCUUCCUGUCCAUCUCUGUGGUCGACCAGCCGGACCUGGACCCCCAAUUUAUCAGGGAGUUUUACUCAGCCUCUGUGGCUGAGGAUGCACCCCAGGGAACCCCAGUGCUGAAGGUGGAGGCUGUGGAUAGUGACAGAGGCAUCAAUUCCCAGAUGAUCUACAGCAUUUCCAACUCCACAAGGCCCGGCUUGUUUGACAUCAGGCCAGAUGGGGUGAUCACGGUCAAUGGUUCCCUGGACCGUGAGCAGCUGCUGGAGGAGGAUGAAGAGGUGAAGGUGCAGGUCACGGCCACCGAGACACACCAAAACAUCUACGGGCAAGAUGCCAAGGUGAGCAUAUGGGUCACGCUGAGGGUGACGGAUGUCAAUGAUCACAAACCCGAGUUUUACAACUGCAGCCUCCCAGCCUGCACCUUCACCCCCCAAGACACCCAAGUCAACUUCACUGGCUAUGUUGAUGAGCAUGCCUCCACCCGCAUCCCCAUCGAUGACCUCACCAUGGUCGUGUACGACCCAGACAAGGGCAGCAAUGGCACCUUCCUGCUGUCCACGAGGGGCCCCGAUGCCGAAGCCUUCAGUGUCUCCCCUGAGCGGGCGGCGGGCUCAGUGGAUGUGCAGGUGCUUGUGAGAGCUCCCGCACUGGUGGACUACGAGAGGCAGACAGUGAUGCUGGUGCAGGUGAGGGGUGCUCUGGGGUGCCGGGGAGUGCGGUCCACGGGUGCUCUGGUCCCAAUGCUGCUGCUCUUCCCUUGUCUUCAGGUCGUGGCCACUGAUUCAGUCAGUGGGAACUUCUCCGUUGCCCUGGUGACCAUCCACAUUAGGGAUGUUAAUGACCACAGACCCACAUUCACCCACAGCUUGUACAACCUCAGUAUCUCGGAGAACAGUCCAGACGGCACUGUGGUCACCAACAGCAUCCAUGCCUUCGACCCUGACACGGGUGAUGGGGGCCGCAUCACCUACAGCCUGCUUCCGGGGAACGGGGCAGACGUCUUUGAGGUGGAUCCAGACUCAGGGACAGUGACAGUGAGGAACAGCGAGCUAUUGGACCGUGAGAAGGAGGCUGUGUACUACCUCACGCUGCAGGCCACAGACGGCGGGAAACUGUCGACCUCCACCACACUGCAUAUCAUCCUGCUGGAUGUCAAUGACAACCCACCUGUGGUCACCGGCUCCUACAACAUCUUUGUCCAGGAGGAGGAGGGCAAUGUCUUUGUGACCAUCCAGGCUCAUGACAACGACCAGCCAGACACCAACAACAGCCAUCUGCAUUUCAGCCUGCUGCCUGGCCCCUACAGCCACAACUUCUCAGUGGACCCUGAUAAAGGGAUCCUCAGAAACCAGGGGCCCCUGGACCGAGAGGCCAUUGAGCCUGCCCUGGGGGGCCAAAUUGUGCUGACCGUGCUUGUGGCUGACUGUGGUGUGCCUGUCCUCAGCACUGAAGUCAAUAUCACCAUCAAUGUGGAGGACAUCAAUGACAAUCUGCCCGUCUUCAACCAGUCCAUCUAUUCCUUCUCGGUGAAGGAGAGGGACCCAGGAGAGCUGGUGGGCGUGCUGAAGGCCUGGGAUGCGGAUCAGACGGAAGCCAACAACCGCAUCAGCUUCAGUCUUUCAGGGAGUGGUGCCAACAACUUCGUGCUCCGAGGCUCGAUGCUGGAGGCUGGGUGGGCUGAGGGCCGCCUCUGGCUGCCCUCGGAUGUGAGUCUGGACUACGAGACACAGCCCUUCUUCAAUCUGACAGUGAGUGCCGAGAACCCAGACCCCCAGGGGAGAGAGGCCACAGCAGAAAUCCUUGUGGCUGUGGAGGAUGUGAAUGAUGAACCGCCCACUCUGGACUCAGCCUCACUCCGGGGCGUCCGUGUGGCUGAGAAUGGUUCGCAGCAUGGCCUGGUGGCUGAGGUGGUUGCUCGCGAUGUGGAUACCAUGGCCCAGCUGGAGAUACAGCUUGUGAACGUCAUCUGCACCAAGGCCGGGGUCAACGUGGGCAGCCUGUGCCGUGGCUGGUUCUCUGUGUCGGCCAAUGGCUCUGUGUUCAUCAAUCAGAGUGAGGCCAUUGACUACGAGACCUGUGACCUGGUCACGCUAGUCGUGCGGGCCUGUGACCUCACAACGGACCUCCGCUUCCAGGCCUACAGCGACAAUGGAAGCCUCGCCAUCACCAUCGAGGACACGAAUGAUAAUAAACCCUAUUUUCUGCCUGACAAUAAGACUUUCGUUAUCAUCCCAGAACUUGUGGUGCCCAACCAGCAGGUGGCUUCUGUCCAGGCCAAAGACGAUGACUCAGGGAACAACGGGGCCAUCCUGUUCUCCAUCUUCCAAGUGGAUUUCAUCGCCAAGGAUGGGACCACGACCCCUUUCCAGGGCUUCUUCCGGGUCUCCACCUCAUUGGAGGCCAAUGUGUUCAUUGGCAACAUUGAGCUGGUGACCAAUCUUGAUUCCACCCUCCAAGGCACCUACCAAGUGACAGUCCAGGCCCGGGACAGACCUUCUGUGGGUCCUGCUCAGGAAGCCAUUAUCACCCUGAAUCUCUUCACUGUGGACCAAAGUUACCGUGUAAGGUUGCAGUUCUCCAUGAACAAGGAGGAGGUGGGCGCCAACGUGGAAGAGAUUACAGCGGCCCUCAUUCAGGCCACCAGGACUACUGUCUACGUUGUGAGCAUUCAGGACAUAGAAUCCAUGACUCGGGCCCGGGGCCGUUCCUACCUCGAUGCCUAUUUUGUCUUCUCGAAUGGGUCUGCCCUGACACUUGAUGAGCUGAGUGUGAUGAUCCGGAAUGACCAGGACUCCCUGACGCGGCUGCUGCAGCUGGGGCUGGUGGUGCUGGGCUCCCAGGAGAGCCAGGAGUCAGACCUGCCAAAGCUGCUCAGCAGUGUCAUCAUAGGAUUGGGAGUGGCUUUGCUGCUGGUCAUCGUGAUCAUGACUGUGGCCCUUGUGUGCACCCGGAAGAGCUACCACCGAAAGCUUCGGGCUAUGAAGGCUGCCAAAGAGGCCCGGAGGACAGCAGCAGGGGUGAUGCCCUCAGCUUCUGCCAUCCCUGGGACUAACAUGUAUACCACUGAGCGGGCCAACCCCAUGCUGAACCUCCCCACAAAGGAUCUGAACUUCGAGUCCCUAUCCUCCUCCAGUGACCUAGACCACAUGAGCCUCAAUUCCCUGGAUGACAACUCUGUGGACCUGGAAAAGGACAAGCAGGAAACCAAGAAGGAGCCCCUACACAGUCCAGUGGAGCCAGAUACCGAACCCCUGGGUGCAGUGCUGUCAGGAAGGAAGGUGGACACAGAUGGACAGCAGGAGCUCUCCUUCACCAAUGCUGGCCUGGACACCACAGACCUGUGAUGUCGCUGCCACAGGACCCAGGCUGCAGAACCCCACAUGGCCCCCGCUCUUCCGUUGCACCUUGGAAGAGGUCUUGUCACCCCUAAAUGACACCUACCCCUCCCUGAACACAACAAUAUAUCUUGCUGCUCUGCCCCCCUUCUGCCUGUAGCCAAUCACAGCUGACAACAGUUGGGGG